CAUCUAGGCGUUCCAGGUGCGUCACUACCUCCCCCCGCUGGCCGAUCCCCUCUUCGUUACAAAACUGCCAUUGCUGUCUCGUAUUUUGUUUAUUGUACCUGUAUUUGGUAUGUACGUGAGUUGACGAAUGCAUGAAUGACUGAGUGGGCAAGCUCGUUAGACACACCCGUCGAACCCAGAUAUGCCUAGGCUUAACGAUUUUGGUGAGGAGGAAACAGAAGAGGACUUGCUCGAGGCAAGUAGGCGUAGGGCGCGCCGCCUCUGGGAUGGGUUCCUCGACUUUGCUCUUCAAGGCAAUAUCCUCGAAAUCGCUUUCGGCUUGAUUCUAGCAGCAACCUUCACGACGCUGGUCUCUUCAUUUGUCAGCGACAUCUUACUGCCGCCUCUCUCUGUCCUGCUUCCGCUGAAUAAGAACCUGGAGGAGAAGUUUGCCGUCCUCCACCCUGGGCCCAACUAUGACAACCAGCACGGCUACAACACGCUAAAGCGGGCCCAGGAUGAUGGGGCCGUCGUGAUGGCCUACGGUGUCUUCCUCAACAAACUGGUCAACUUCAUGGGCAUUGGCUUUGCCUUGUACGGGAUAGCUGGCCUCUAUCAAUGGCUGUCCCACGACCCUAUCAUCAAGCAUACCAUCAAGUGCAGGUACUGCAGGAAGUCGAUCAACGAGAAGGCGAAACGCUGCGUCAACUGUACUAGUUGGCUGGAUGGGAGGGAAGAGCUGUUCGGAUAUGAAUCCCGCCCUCAGCCCGACUCUUCACAGUCUACCUGAUGUUCACGAUCAGAUCACCUUUACUUUAGCAUCACACAACACAUAACCACCAUUCAUCUUCCUUAAUAUCACUUCACAUCUAGCGGCAGAGGACUUUGCAUCAACAUGUAUGAAUUCUCAUCUUAAUCCUACCAGUCGUUCUAAGAUUAUACACAUAUCUAUAUAUAUGCACACAUAUAAACAUGGAGUAUACAGAGAUGAGAAGGAAGUGAGAAACCAGUUGGAGCACUCCACGAUAUCCUAGAAACAACCCCGUUCCGGAAACCGGCUGGCUGGUAGGGUAACAGAGUAAUGUACAAUGGAUAAAUACAGUCGGC